AUGUCGAGCUCGGCCUUUCUCGGGCAGCCUCCAGCUAACCAGGAUGACUUUUGGACAAUCAAGGGCAUGUACAGAGCUGCUUACGCUUUCGACAAAGAUCCGAGCAAAGGUUACCUAUUCGUACCUAAAAGACCCACCCAUUAUGAAUACAACGACAAGCAAGCCGGUAUCAUUGCUGGCAUGUCAGUGGCGAUAGCCAUCAUGUUUCUCACCACAGUUCUGCGACUCGCUCUUCGACAAUUCAAGACCGGUGUGCGAUGGGGAGCGGACGACUGGGUACUAAUACCUGGAGCGAUCAUGGCCAUAUUGUAUCCGGCACUACAGAUCGCAAUGGUCACGCACGGUGGGGGCGGAAAGCACACAUGGGAUGUCACCUAUGCUGAAUACUAUAUCUUCAACAAGCUUGCCAUUGUCUGCAAGAUCAUUUUCUUCACGACUGUUGGCAUUAUUAAGAUAUCGAUUUGUCUCUUCCUUCGCCGCAUCUCGGAGGCCACAUCGAAAUAUCCUCGACUCGCUAAUGACUUCUUCCUCUUUCUACUUGUAGGCUAUACCUUGCUCGCCUUAUUCUGGUCCUGCUUCCAAUGCUCACCUGCACCUGCCAUGUGGGACAAGAUAUACUCCGGACAACUCGCAAGACCGGCAAAGUGUUGGUCUACAUUGGUUGUCGCCAACGCACUAAGUAUCAUCCAUGUCGUCAUGGACUUUGUCCUGCUCCUUACCCCCAUCGUUGUGCUAUGGAAAGUGCGACUGAACAAGGGCACAAAGAUAAGAUUGUUCAUUGUGUUUUCCAUGGGUUCGCUGUCAUGCGUGGCCAGUGUUUUGCGAGAGCUUGCACAGAAAAGCAUUAGCAAAGAUAUCACUUAUGGCUACACAAGUCUGCUGGCAUGGACUGUGGUCGAUCUCACUCUUGCGGUAGUAGUAGCAUCACUGCCUGUCAUCAGUGCUCUCAUCCCCAAAGCUUGGGGCGAGAUCACUCAAUCUUCGCGGAUCCGCAGGACCACUUUGGGUCAGGGAACGUCCAAGGGAACACAAGGACAGUCUGUGAUUGGAAGAGGUCGCCGCAACACCAUCGACUCGGAGUCAGAUGGGAUCCUGCGUGAGGAUCACAUCGAGUUAUCCUUUGCUCGCAAUUCCAAACGUGCCGAGCCUCGAGAAGUAUCUCAAGCAUCAUCUUUUGGAAGUCACAAGACUGGGCAUGCCAUAUAA